AUGGGAAUAGUCGAGUUCCCACCGGAAUGCAUGAAGGUCUCCCCGAAAGGGGACCAAGCAAAGUACUGCAGGCAGCAGCAACAGCCGCAGCACGAUCCAUCAAAAAAUCCACCAAAGAAUGUAUGGAGGAAGGGGGAUGGGGCCGAGCCAUCCACCUCGAACGCCAAGAAAAGGGAGCACGACCAGAUAUCGGAGGAGGAUGACAGCGAGAAGGAAACCGAGAUGGCGCCCAGACGACAAAAGAAACACACCAUACAUUUCAUCUACGGUGGACCAGCUGGCGGCGACACACCCACAGAGAGGAAGAAGUGGAGCAGGCAGCUGUACGUAGGAGAAGUGGUGAGUCUUCCCAAAGGGAAGAAGCAGAGGCGGGAGGCCAUCACUUUCUCUGACGAGGACCUCCCCGAGGGCCCCUUACCCCAUCGCGACGCACUGGUGAUUAAGAUGGACAUCAAUGAUACGAUCGUACAUCGCAUCUUGGUCGACACGGGAAGCUCGGUUAACGUGAUGUACUACGGCGCCUUCACUAAGUUAGGGUUACCUAGAGGCCAGCUCAAAGAGGUACGAACUCCACUCUCUGGGUUUACUGGGGAUUCGGUGGAAACAGAAGGGUCGGUGACCCUGCCCAUGGAGAUAGGCACGAGCCCCAACGCUCGCAAGCUGGACAUGGAGUUCAUCGUGGUAAGGCUCACUUGUGCCCACAACAUCAUACUGGGAAGGCCAUCACUAGAGGACCUCAAGGCCAUAAUAUCUGUGGAACACCUGUGUAUGAAGUUCCCCACUCCGAAUGGAAUAGGAGUCGUCAGAGGUGACCGACGGGCAGCCCGGAGUUGCUACGUGAAGGCGUGCAAGAAGAUCGGCAGCAAGGACUUACAGGUCCACACGAUCGCGGAGAAAAUUUUCAAAGAAGAAGAGGCAUGGCCCCGCGCCGAGCCCGUGUCAGAGACAGAAGACAUAGUUCUCGAUCCCUCCAGACCAGACCGAGUGGUGAAGAUCGGCACAGGCUUAAGCCCAGAGCUAAGGGCCCAAAUAGUGGAUGUAAUUCGCCGUUCUCACACGGUGUUCGCGUGGGGGCCAGAGGACAUGCCGGGCAUAGAUCGAAGGAUCAUAACCCACAAGCUCGCGGUCGACCCCAGCAGAAAACCAGUGCAUCAGCGAAAAAGGUAUAUGUCGGCAGAACGAAGAGAGUUCGUGAAAAAGGAGGUGACCGCAUUACUCAACGUAGGGCACAUCAAGGAAAUUUACUACCCACAGUGGCUGAGCAACGUAGUCUUAGCUCCCAAAGGAUCGACAUGGAGGAUGUGCGUGGACUACACGGACCUCAAUAGGGCAUGCCCUAUGGACCGUUUUCCACUACCCAAUAUAGAUCAAUUGGUGGAUGAGACGGCAGGAUGUGAACUCAUGAGCUUCAUGGACGCCUUCCGUGGGUACCAUCAGAUAUCCAUGCAUGAGGAGGACGCAGAGAAGACCGCCUUCACCACUCCCGAAGGGAUAUUCUGCUACUUGGUCAUGCCGUUCGGAUUGAAGAAUGCCGGGGCCACAUACACUCGCAUGGUGGCAAAGCUGUUCAAGUCAGUACUGGGACGAAACAUGGAAGCAUACGUGGACGACAUGAUCGUCAAAAGUCGCAAGGCCACUUCCCAUGCCGAGGAUCUCAGCGAGGUAUUUUCCAUUAUGAAAAAAUUUAAUUUGCGCUUGAACCCAAAAAAAUGCACCUUCGCCGUUGAUGGGGGCAAAUUUUUGGGCUUCAUGGUCACCAGGAACGGCAUUGAGCCGAAUCCAGAAAAAGUAAGGACUAUCCUUGACAUGGAGCCUCCGCGGUCCAUAAAGGAGGUCCAGAGACUCAACGGGCGUCUGGCGGCCUUAGGCCGUUUUCUGUCGAAAUCGGCUGAACGAUCCCUCCCCUUCUUCCAAAUCUUGAAAAAGAGCAAAGGGUUCGAGUGGACGUCAGACUGUCAAAAGGCCUUCGAAGAGUUGAAAAAAUACUUGUUGUCCCCGCCCCUGCUUGCAAAGCCAGAGGCAGGUGAAACCCUAAUUCUGUACUUGGGCGUGUCACAGGGUGCGAUCAGCUCCAUGCUGGUCAAAGAAGAAGGAGGGACUCAGCGUCCCAUCUACUACGUAAGCAAAGCCCUACACGACACGGAGCUCCGGUACAGUGUGUUGGAGAAAACAGUAUUUGCCAUAGUCACCUCAUCAAAAAGGUUGGCUCACUACUUCCAAGCUCACCCCAUCCAUGGUGCGAUCAGCUCCGUGCUGGUCAAAGAAGAAGGAGGGACUCAGCGUCCCAUCUACUACGUAAGCAAAGCCCUACACGACGCGGAGCUCCGGUACAGUGUGUUGGAGAAAACAGUAUUUGCCAUAGUCACCUCAUCAAAAAGGUUGGCUCACUACUUCCAAGCUCACCCCAUCCAUGUACUUUCACAUCAGCCGUUGGGAAGCUUCCUACGGAAUACCAACAGUUCCGCCAGGAUGGCACGGUGGGCCAUGCACCUCAGUCAGUUUGACAUAGAUUUUAAACCGAGGCCCGCCAUCAAAGGCCAAGCUCUUGCAGACUUUAUAGUGGAAUGCACCGCUCGGGAAGUGACGGACCAAGUGGAAACUGAAGAUGGAGGGUGGUGGACUUUGUCCACAGACGGCUCUUCCAACAGCAAGGGCUGCGGCGGCGGCGUGGUGCUCGUCACUCCGGAGGGAUUCCGCGCCUACUAUGCCAUCCGAUUCCACUUCAAGUUGUCUAACAAUGAGGCGGAGUACGAGGCCCUCCUCAAUGGACUGCGAUUGGCGGCGGGACUACGAGCUGAAAAGGUCCGAAUUCGAUGCGAUUCCAAGCUGGUAGUCAGCCAGGUGUCCGGGGAGUAUGAAGCCAACGAAGGAAGCAUGCAGAAAUACAGAGACGCGGUGUUGAGAACCUUGCGCGAGUUCGAGGGAUAUGAGAUACACCAGGUACCGAGAGAGCAGAACGUCGACGCCGACAUGCUCUCAAAGCUAAGUACCGGAGUCCCUAGCCACAUUAGGAAGAUCGCUCGACUAGAAGACCUCGAGACUUCAAGUAUUGACGUCUCGUGGGUCUUCCCUGUGCAGACUAGGGAGCCAUGUUGGAUUGAUCAUAUCAAGCGAUACAAGGCAGAUGGCACCCUACCACAAGACGAGGCAGACGCCAAGGUAACGAAGUUACGGGCACCUAGCUACGUUGUCUCGGGCGAUAAGUUGUACAAACGCUCCUACAACGGCACGUUACUAAGGUGUCUAUAUCCAGAUGAAGCGAAGUUGGUGAUAAAAGAAGUCCACGAGGGAGUAUGCUCCGCGCAUCAAGGGGCGUACACCAUUGCGCGCCGCAUCAUGCUACAAGGGUAUUUUUGGCCCAAAAUGUUGAGGGAUUGCGCCGAAUAUACAAAGCGAUGUCCCAAGUGCCAAGAAUUCCAAGCACUGCCGGGUCGACCUGCGACGAACUACACCCCGGUAAGCACCGCGAUUCCUUUUUCAAGAUGGGGAAUUGACCUGGUAGGGGCACUUCCCACGGGGACUGGAAGCAGAAAGUACAUCAUCGUGGCCAUUGACUAUUUCACGAAAUGGGUGGAGGCCGAGCCCCUAGCGAGCAUCACUGCAGCAAGGUGCAAAAGGUUUGUCGAGAAAAAUAUCCUAUAUCGUUUCGGCAUCCCCUUCCAGGUAAUCACAGACAAUGGUCGUCAGUUCGAGGCACGAGAAUUUUUAGAAUUCCUAGCAGGAUGGGGCGUUAAGCAUAGCCGGGUGGCGGUAUCUUAUCCUCAGGCGAAUGGGCAAGUAGAGAAUGCGAAUAGAACCAUCCUCGACGGCCUCAAGAAGAAGCUAGAAGUAGCCGGCGGAGCCUGGGUGGAGGAACUCGAUGGCAUCCUCUGGGCCUAUCGCACGACACCAAGAAGGGCCACCGGAGAAACCCCGUUCGCACUCGCCUACGGAUUUGAAGCUCGGGCCCCGGUGGAAGUGAUCAUACCUAGUAUAAGGGUGGAGGAAUUCGAGUCAGAGCAAAAUGAACUCCACCAAAGGGUGGAUCUAAACUUUUUGGAUGAAAAGAGAGAGGCGGCAUUCUGCAAAAUGGAGAACUACGGUCGCCAGCUAAAGUCCUACCACGACGCGAAAGUCCGACCCCGUUACUUCCAAGUCGGCGACCUUGUGCUGCGAAGAAGGGAAGCCAGCCAACCCCUUGAAGGGGGAAAAUUCGCAAAAAAGUGGGAGGGGCCUUACGUCGUGGAGGAGGUCGUUCGCCCAGGGACAUACAAGUUAAAAACUACGGGGGGAAGAAUGAUUGACCGGGUAUGGAACUCGGAACAUUUGAUCAAGUACUUUCCUUAA